AUGGGAAACCGAGAGCACAGGUCAACAGAGGUAGCGAUUCGGCUAGUCGUAGCCCAAGUCCAGGAGGCCUGGCGGCAGAAAGCAACCGCCUCCCUUCUACAGUUGGAUAUCUCAGGGGCAUUCGACACCGUCAACCACACCCGGCUACUAGCCACUCUUCGGCUACAGGGUUACCCACAGUGGGUGGUUCUGUGGGUGAAGGCGUGGUUAAGUAACAGAGUUGCGAUCCUCCACUUCGACGGCCAGAAAACAGAGGACAUCCCAGUCAUAGCGGGAGUCCCCCAGGGCUCACCACUAUCCCCGAUCCUAUUUAUCCUCUACAUUGCCUCCCUAGGGGCCUGCAAAGGUCUUGUCAAAAGCUCAGAACAGGAGCCUUCGAAUAGUAGUAGGGCAUACAAGUCAGCUCCUAUUCGGUGCUUAGAAACAGAGGCCUGGGUGCCACCGCUAGACUUAUAUCUCAACAAGCGGCCGACUGACUUCGAGGGCCGGCUGCAGAAGCAGGCCCUACAAUCAGGGGCUGGGCCGGAGGCUGAGAGAAUAACCACGGGGCAUCUAAUCACUGAGGCCUGCAAUACGGUCUACCGGAGGUUCAACAAGAGGAGGAAAACCCGAGGCCGGAGGCCCCGUCAGGGCCCGCAGAGUCCCACGCCCACUGAACUAGCCGCUAGUGUAGUGGCCCAGAGGAUAGCCGACGAAGACCCCCCAGCCCUCUUAUUUACCAACAAAGUUCUGACGGGACACGAAGGUCUUUCAAAGGCGCAGAGCUCCCUCCUUUCCCAGGCCCGUAUCGGGGAUAUAGGCCUCCGGGACUACCUGUUCAGGGUGAAAGUCCCGGAGGUCCGUACCCCCUAUUGCGAGUGCGGGAGAGGCAGGGAGACAGUGGAGCACUUGGUGGUUUGGUGCCCCGACCCGCCGUUACAAAGGCCGUGGGACGGCAGAGAGAUUCGGUCACAUCGGGACCUACAAACCGUAUUACGGGGAGUAGGUGCCCGGAGCAGAAGAUUUGUUAGGAAGGUCCUUGGCUGGCUGAUGGACUCUGGCCGGCUACUGGAGUAUAGCCUGGCCAGAAGGCUGGAGCUAGAAACAGUGGAUGGGGAGGGCUAG